AUGGUUUUGGAGGACGAAAGCAGCGACGACCAGUCUAGCCUCCCGUACAUGCACUCUUGCUCCUCCACCGACGGGCUUAACCAGGUUUUGAUUUGGCCAUUGUCCUUGUACGAGCUUCUGCAUGUCCCUUUCAGCCUUGACGAUCCAGAUUACAAGGGGCUUGAGCUGGAUUUGAUGUCCCCAUGUGAGAAGCACGGCAUGGCAUCUGAGAGGCUUGUUGCCUUUGAAGGAACAGACACAAGCAACAGGUUUUUAGCAUGUGCACAGCCGGAAGAUGCCAAAAGUUUUAGGGUCAAUGAUAAUCUUGAAAGUGCUUUAGCUAUUCAUAAUCUGACAGAAGAGAAGAACAAGCUAGAGGCCAACUAUGACAAGUUAGUCCAAGAUGUGCAUAAACUUAUGAAUUUCCAGAAGGAAAGGGAGGUAAGAAAAGAACUGAUUGAUGAUAUGAAGGCACAAAUGGCAACUGAGAUGGCAAAGAAAGAUGCAGAGACCCAAAAGCUUCAGAAGUAUGAACUGCUAGUUAACCUGACAAGAGCUCAAGCAACAGUCAUUCAAAACUUGAAGUUGAACAAUAUGAAAGAGAAGCAAGUGCUGAUUGAUGCUAGGAUGAAUUUGGAGCUGAAGAAUGGAGAGCUAACAAAGUGUCAGGAGAAGCUCACCCAAGAGAAGCUAGAGUUGAAGCUUCAGGUUGUUGAUCUGCUCAAGGGAAAGGAAAAGCAUAUUCAAGAGAAGUGCCAGUUAGAGCUUCAGAAUGCUAAGCUCAUGAUGGGAAAUGAAAAGCUGAAGGAGAAGUUCAAGGGGAUUCAGGCCAUCUUGGAGAGCUGA